GGGCUGGCUCCUCGGCGGCGGGCAGGGGUCAAGGGCAGCAGCGGGGCGGAGAUGCCAGCGCCGGGGCAGCGCGGAGGCUCCGGCUGAGCGGGCAGCGCCAGCCCCGGGGAGACCCCCCGCCAGCCCCGCCGGCCCCAUGGCGGGGCGGGCCCCGCAGCGCAGCCUCCCGGCGGCGGCGGCCGCCGCGCUCCUGCUCUUGCCCAUAGUUCUUCACUGUGAAUCUUCUGUGAAUCUGCCCUUGUCUGUUCUGCUGGAAAAGUACUGUGAAGCUUUGUCAGACCCCACCAAUGUCACAGGUCCGUACUGCAAUGCCACAACUGAUCAGAUCGGGACCUGCUGGCCCAGAACCUCUGCGGGGGAGCUGGUAGAGAGACCCUGCCCGGAGUUCUUCAAUGGGAUCAAAUACAACACCACGAGAAAUGCCUACAGAGAAUGCCUGGGCAAUGGGACAUGGGCUUCCAAGAUAAACUACUCUCAGUGCGAGCCUAUUCUGGAUGACAAGAGGAAGUAUGCGCUCCAUUACAAGAUUGCUCUCAUCAUAAACUACCUGGGGCACUGUAUAUCAGUAGGGGCCCUAAUAGUUGCCUUUAUGCUUUUCUUGUGCUUGAGGAGUAUCAGAUGCCUGCGGAAUAUUAUCCACUGGAACCUGAUCACCACAUUCAUCCUGAGGAAUGUGAUGUGGUUUCUGCUUCAAAUGAUAGAUCACAACAUACAUGAAAGCAAUGAACCCUGGUGUCGAUGUAUUACCACUGUCUACAACUAUUUUGUGGUGACCAAUUUCUUCUGGAUGUUUGUGGAAGGCUGCUACUUACACACCGCUAUAGUGAUGACUUAUUCCACAGAUAAGCUGCGGAAAUGGGUCUUUCUCUUCAUAGGAUGGUGUAUUCCUUGCCCAAUCAUCAUUGCCUGGGCCAUUGGCAAACUAUAUUAUGAAAAUGAACAAUGCUGGUUUGGAAAAGAGCCAGGGAAAUAUAUCGACUACAUAUAUCAAGGGCCAGUGAUUCUUGUUCUUCUGAUAAAUUUUGUAUUUCUAUUUAACAUAGUUAGGAUUUUAAUGACAAAGCUGAGAGCUUCAACCACUUCAGAAACAAUACAGUACAGGAAGGCAGUCAAGGCAACGUUAGUUCUUCUGCCUCUGCUAGGCAUCACCUAUAUGCUUUUCUUUGUCAACCCUGGUGAAGAUGACAUUUCCCAGAUCGUCUUCAUCUAUUUCAAUUCCUUCCUGCAGUCGUUUCAGGGUUUCUUUGUGUCAGUAUUUUACUGCUUCUUGAAUGGUGAGGUCCGUUCUGCUGCCAGGAAAAGAUGGCACCGUUGGCAAGACCAUCACUCCCUCCGAGCGCGUGUGGCACGUGCCAUGUCUAUCCCCACCUCUCCAACACGAAUCAGCUUCCAUAGCAUCAAACAGACCGCAGCCGUGUGAUAUGCCCUGCACAUACAUGCACCACCUGGUGGCCUUCAGGGUUCUUCUUUCUUCACUCUCCCCAAGACCCUUUCUUCAGACUUUCUUCCUUUAUUCUGCACUGCUGUCUUCUGCAAUGAGGUGCCCAUCAUAUCCUUGUGGACUUUCAUCUCCCAUAUUC